AUGCCAGUGCUUACAUUCUAUGCGAUUGACGAGUCGAAGCAAGCGCUUCGCCCUCUCCCUUGGCAUGAACCGCGCGUCGCGCCGUCGCAAACCAACACACGAAAAAUGCGUCGCACGGAUGGUGAUGCUACAUACCACGUCCCUUUACCGGAAGAGGAUGCCUACGGAGCGCACUAUCUAUUGGCUACUCCCGCGUAUGCGGGUGGCGGUGUUCUUGUGUUUUGUGAACACGUCAUCUUCUUCGUGCCACGUCCAAGUGAUCGCCGCCGCGGGAAGACACGAGCUGAGUCACGACGUGCUCGUUAUCAGGAAAUUCGAAUGGACCGAGGCAUGCAUGUGGAAUCAGCCACUUGUUUGCUGUCGCAUCAUCACGACGAGCUGCACUUUCGCGUGUUGUUAAGUACCACGCGUGGUUCUAUGUACAUAUUGACUGUCUCAUCUUCUACAAAUGCUUGGGAGACCAUUCAUAUGCACUUGUUGCGCCUUCAAAUGAGCUCAGUGGCUACAAGCCCGCAGGGACUUUCCUCUUUGGGCGAAGACUUUGUGUUUCUUGCGAGUACGACAGGCGACUCCGUCCUUUGGCACGUGGAUUCGUCACCUUCACUGCAUGAGGUAUAUCGAUGGCCGAGCACAGCACCAAUUGUCGAUAUGGUGCUCGAUAACUCCAGCGUCAUGGAUCGCAUCAUCACUGCUAGUGGUGCCGGUCCUACUAGCAGCUUGAGAGCCAUAAUGUACAAGGCACUCACUAGCACAUUAUUUAUCAAACCAAUGGAUCUAGUGAGCGUCUACGCGUUAGAAUCUGCUCUCGUUCUUGUGCAUCGAAACUCGGCUUCUAUCGUGCAGCUCAAUGAGCAUGAAGACCCCACACAAAUCUCCAUUGUGCAUGAUGCUCGUGUCUUGCAUGCUGGCAUGUUAGCGGGCUUGUACCUUGUCGCAACCUCGAAAGACAUCCGCACUUAUGGACGUGGUAAAACAGUUUGGACAGCUCCCGACGAAAUCUCAGCCUGCCACGUAUUAGAUGAUAAACAUGUGGUAAUAGGUCUCGUAACACCACAGCUGCUUGUCUUGCACCACGAUCAUCACAACUGGUCAAUUCUUCAUUCGUUACGAACUCAUGCACCGAUUUCAUGCCUAUUUGGCUGCGCCUCCGCUAUAGUCGCGGGGUUCUGGGAUCGCACGGUGCAAAAGUACGUUUGGCCUUCCAUGGAAGGUGAUCCAAUCCAUAUUGCAUGCACGUCGCUUCCCACAUCUAUUCUUCAACAUGCAUUCACGCCUCACGGCGAAAACCAUACCGUGGUGGGCUAUGCUGAUGGCCAUGUUGACGUGUAUAAUGAUCAAGACAAAAUCGUGCAUACGUGCCAGGUAGGUACAGAACCGAUUCACUUGACCACUGCACCACUUUCCAUGAUGGAGCUGCCAAACACGCACGCUAUUGUAGCAUCGGGCUCCUAUACCUGCUUCCUAUACCCUCAAGACUCUGCGUUCCGUGCAAGUAUAUGGCUUAUUGAACAUGUGCGUGCAGCAGCGUGUGUAGACGCCAGCAGCCAGGCAUUGACCAUGGUGUGUGCCACACAGUUCGGCUUGGAGGUGCAUGCCAUUCAUACGCUACAUCAUCUAGACAUUCAGAGCUUGUCGUUGAAAGGACAACAGCCCACAUCCAUCGCAAGCUUUGGUCCUUAUAUCGUUCUCACGACAUGGCCUAUGCAUGCGUGGGAGCAUCACGAACGUGGACUGAGCACGAUCCGCGUCAUGACAAAAGCAGGGCUCAAACAAGUCACAUCCCAUUCCCUCCACGCCUAUGAGCGGCCCAACAGUGCGUGUGUGAAGAAAUUUUACAACACGCCAUACAUUGUCGUUGGGACUGGGUUUUAUGUAGGCGGCCGAGACUCAACAUCCAGUGGUCGCCUCAUCGGUUACACAUGGUCGACGCCCUUGUCAAAGUUGCAGCUUAUCUGGUCGUGCGAUGUGCCUGGCCAUGUCUAUGGAGUGACAGAUGUACCAGGCUCGUAUCUUGUUGCAGCUGUCGAUGCACAAGUACAUACAUAUGCGCUAUGCGAUGGAAAGCUGAAGCUUUGCGAUCGAUGGGGCUGUGCCUUCCUUGCGACGUGCCUCACAUCGCAAGGAUCGACUGUCGUGGUGGGAGACGCCAUGCACUCCCUUACGGUCCUGCAAGUCGAUCCCAAAGGACAGCUGCAUGAAAUCGCUCGCGAUGUCGAUCCAUAUUGGACAACGGCUGUAGGCGUAUUGAGUACCGAGCAACAGCAGUACAUCGGCACAGACAUUGCGAUGAACAUGUUUGUUGCUGAGCGCGUGCACCAAACGGAUGGAACUGAUCCAUGGAGUCAUGUGAUGCAUCGAGCGACGGCAUUCCACCACGGCGACAUGGUGAAUACAAUCCAAAGCGUGGCUGACGGCCGUAUCCUGUUUGGUACGGCCUCAGGCUCCGUUGGUACGCUGAUGUACGUGCCUGAUGAAACGGCAUCCAUGCUCUGGUGCGUUCAAGAGGCUUUGUCGCAUCAAAGACAUGCGCAUGGCGACCUUUCAUGGGAGUCUUGGCGUACGCUUCGCACAGACAUGCAGAUAUGCGCACCGCGCCAUGUAUUAGAUGCUGAGCUGCUCACAACAUUUUUUACGUGUGAAUCGCGUACUGGCAUAGUUGGCAUGGCACGACACACUGCUCGCGAACUUGGCUGGAAACAUGAGCACUUUGAUGAGGCAACGAUUGCACAUGCCCUUCGUGCACUACAACUGAAAUGCUGA